UCAUCCUUUGAUGGGUUUCUUUUCAAAUUUUAAUUAUAUAUUUUAUUAAUUUCUUUUGCUUAUGAUCUUUGAUGGGCUUUGUGCCAGUCUAAAUCAUCUAAUUCCCUCUAAACUCUCUCUCUCUUUUCUCUAUUUCUCUAUAUAUAUAUCUUCCCUAUACUCUAUAUAUAUAAACACCAUAUAUACUUACAUCUUCUAGCUGCAUCUUCCUUCUCUCUUCUCCCUCAGCCUCUGAAACAUACAUAAUAACAUCAUAUCUAAUGUUUCAUACCAGAUUUUCCUGUUUUUCCUUGAUGGGUGUUGUUAAUAUAUUUCCGAUCUUCAGGGUUCUUCAUGGAUUCAUCAUCAGCUUUUCCUCUCUAAUUGCUUUUCCCCUGCAGGAUCCGUACAUCCAUCUGUCAGAGCCCCAUCAAUGAAAUUAAGCAUCAGAAUGGGCUGAAGUCAUCAUGCUUUGAAGAAAUAUAUAUUCUCUUUUGUUUCUAUAUAUUGGGUGUGUCCGUACACUCACCGAGAAAAUCAAUCUCUGCAGCUUUUUCUUUCUAAUUUCUUUCCAAAAUCAUCCAUGGGGACCUACUUUCAUGUGAGUUCAGAAAUCCAAGCCGCCGCCGAUGGGCUGCAGACGCUUUACCUCAUGAAUCCCAACUACGUUCCGUACACUGACACCCAACACCAACACCCUGCAGCCAACAUGCUCUUCCUCAAUCCUGCCGGCCACGCGCUCAACCAGGGCAAUCUACCCCACGCGCAGCCGCCGCCCAACCAACACUUCGUUGGGAUCCCACUCAUUGCCGCAAACAAUUCUGAUGAUCCCAGCCGUGCAUCAAUGCUUGCCACACAAGAAAUUUCAGGCCUCCAUGGCGCCAUGGCCGCGCCCUCCUCUCGGGUUCACUACAACUUAUGGGAUCAUACGGCUGCGACCACCUCCGAUGUCGGGACGCCGCAGAUGGGCUUUCGGGGGCCGACAGCUCAGCAGGGCUUGUCGCUCAGCCUGUCGUCUCAACAGCCACCUUAUCGGUCGCUUUCCGGCGAGCAGGAUGUGGUAGGGAAUUCUCCGUCGUCAGCGUCGGCAGUGUCUAACGGAAUUUCGGGUAUGCAGAGUGUUAUUUUGGGGUCCAAGUACUUGAAAGCUGCUCAGGAAGUUCUUGACGAAGUUGUAAAUGUUGGAAAGGGAAUCAAAGUGGAGGGGACCAAAGAAAAGAUCACGAAGAUGAAUAAAGAAUCAAAGGGCGUGAUUGGAGAUUUUCCAGGGGAAGGUAGUAGUAGUAGUACUAAGCAAGCAACUGAGCUCACCACUGCGCAGAGGCAAGAACUUCAGAUGAAGAAGGCAAAGCUUGUUACCAUGCUUGAUGAGGUGGAGCAAAGAUACAGAGAAUACCACCACCAAAUGCAGAUAGUGGUGUCUUCAUUCGAGCAGGCAGCAGGCUUGGGAUCAGCAAGAUCUUACACGGCCCUUGCUUUACAGACGAUCUCAAAGCAAUUCCGCUGCCUGAAAGAUGCAAUUUGCUCACAAAUAAAAGGCACAAGCAAGAGCUUGGGUGAUCAAGAGGAUUGCUUUGGAGCAAAGGCUGAGGGUUCAAGGCUCAAGUAUGUCGAUCAACAGCUACGGCAGCAGCGGGCGCUGCAACAGUUUGGAAUGCUGCAACACAAUGCCUGGAGACCCCAGAGAGGGUUGCCUGAAAGAGCUGUCUCCGUUCUACGUGCUUGGCUCUUUGAUCACUUCCUACACCCCUAUCCCAAGGAUGCAGAUAAAAUUCUGCUUGCAAAACAAACUGGACUAACUCGAAGCCAGGUGUCCAACUGGUUCAUAAAUGCCCGAGUUAGGCUGUGGAAGCCAAUGGUUGAAGAAAUGUACUCUGAAGAAGUUAAGGAACAAGAGCAAAGUUGUUCUCAGGACAACAACAAAAGAGAAUGCAAUAAGGAAUCAAACAUUGAAGCCCACUCAGGAUUUAACCUAGUAGGGUUGUCUGACAUGCAAAGGAGUCCCAAGCAACCGAGGAGCUCGGAGAUGCAGAACUCUCCAAACACCAUCAUCUCCAUGGACAUGGACAUGAAACCCCGAGACGAGGAGGCAAGUGAGUUUGUGAAAGAAAGGCACGGCAAAGAUGGCUACUCAUUUAUUAGUGACACCUACUCAGUAGGAGAGUUUGGAAGGUUUAGUAUUCCAGAGGGAAUGGCGGCUCCAAGGUUUCAAGGAAAUAAUGGCGUUUCCCUCACUCUUGGCCUUCCUCACUGCGAAAACAACCUCUCUGUAUCAGCGGCCCAUACCCAGCAAAGCUUCCUCUCCCCCCCACAGAGUAUUCAAAUGGGAAGAAGAAGAUCAUCACUUGAAAUGGGAACCGGUGACACAGAUUUUUGUGUCAUCAAUGCCCCACAAGCAUCUCACUCUAACACCGGCUAUGGGAACAUUAAUGACAUUCAAAGCAGAAAGAGGUUUGCACAAUUGUUGCCAGAUUUUGUGGCCUGAAGAAUUGAACAAGUAGCAUGCAGGUAAUUAAUUACUAUAUAUAUAUAAAACUAGUUAAAUGACUUAAUAUAUAGGCCAAAAUAGAAAAAGGAAAUGGGAUCGAAUUGAAGUAGAGUCUUUUUCAUCAAUUUGAUCACUUUCUAUUAUCUUCUAGUGCAUUGAUCAUAGGAAGGAAGGAGGAGGAGGAGCAUACUUAUUCUAGAGGAAGAAGAAAGUUAGCAUAUAUAUGUAGGGUAUACUCUCAUAAAACGAUCAACCAGAAGAUGAUUAUAAGGUUGGGUAUUGUGUAUCACAUUGAAACUCUUUGAUAUUAGCUAAGUUGAUUGAAAAGAUUCAUGACAAUGCUAUUUAUUUAGUUAUUUGGUAUACAAACUUUGUAUUAAUUCCUGUACAUGUGUGUGUACAUUUUUAAUUUUAGGUGGUGGUGGAGAUUUAUAUGAACAAAUGGGGAGAGAAAUCUCUUGGUGCAUGCUUCAUGCAAUAAAUAUGUAUAUAUGUUGUUC